CCUUGCUUUCCUUAAUACAAACUCUAACUCAGUAGCCAUAAACCUCAUCUUGCCAAAGGAAGAAUCUGAUGACAAUGGGGAUGGGGUUGCCUCAUCGAUGUUUCCUGUUUCCCCUUGGAGAAGUUGCAACAACGACAAUGACAGUCAAAUUGGGGCCAAUCCCGAACUGAAAAAGGUUCUAAGAUGUAACAAGAGUGGAGAAGAGGGCUGCUUCAGCACGAGUAAGCCAAUAGACCCUGAUGAUCUUGUUCGGAGUCAGACUGGGGCCAUCUACAUAACACAAAGACUGUUAAGGCUCGAAAUGAAAGUAACCAAAUAA